UUCCAUGCAAGAAGCCAGCAAAUGCGAGCGCGGUGGUGUGAAGAACCCUAAUCGCGCCCUCGCCUCGGCUUCUUCAAUCUCUCCCCUCUCUCGGUCCAUCGAGUGAUUGAUCAUGGGCGCCGGAGGCAAGGGAUCGGGGCCGGUGCUCUACAGCGAUGUCGGCAAGCAGGCGCGCGAUCUCCUCCAAAAGGGUUUCAGCGCGGGGCAUAUGUUGAUGCUCUCGUAUCUUGCCCCCAACGGCGCCACCGUUUCCACCACUGCUACCAUGUUGGAGGGCACCGUGGUGGGAGUCAUGAGUUGCUCCUUGAAGAGGGACGCGAUGCAAGCCGAGGUCUCCGCCAGUAACUUAUGCCAGAUUACUGCCAACACCACGUAUGACGAAGUUAUUCCAGGCCUCAAGGUUUCUUUGUCCACGGCUGUUCCAGGAGCUGUCAACUCCGGGAAGACUCACUUGCAAUACUUCCACGAUCGAGCAGCCUUGACGGCCACCUUGAAUGGCUUCAAGGCCAAGCCCUCCAUGGAAGUCUCUGCCAACUUUGGAACUUCCAAGCUCACGCUUGGAGGCUCGCUGGUUUACGACCCGCAAAGCAACCGACUCAUAGGCUCAACAGCAGGGCUAGGAUUCUUUUCCCCGGACGUGUCCGGAGCGCUUCUCGUCGAUCCAAAGAACGGCAAAUCGGUGGAUUUGUACUGCUCCCAAGCGUUGAACAAGAAGGUGGCGUGGGCCUGCCAUCUCAACCACAAGCUCGACCGAAAGUUGACAACGGCGAUGCUUGGAACCUCGUACAAGAUGGACAACUUCACCACCAUCAAGUCCCGGGUCGACAACCACGGGAUGCUGGCGGCGUUGCUCCAGUACGAGCCCAAUCCCUUGAUCAACUUUGGGAUGUACGCGGAGGUCAACACCAAGGCCCUCAAAACCACCAGACCAAAGGUUGGAUUCACGCUCACUGUUUUAGCAGCAGCAAUAUGAUCACCGAGACCACGGAGACGGAGAUGAGACGGAGAGAACUCUUUUUUUCUUUAGUUUUUUUCCGCGGAUAGCCGAGGUGAGUGUUUCUCCCUUCGUUUUCUCCUUCGGCAUGAAUAAUGUGAUCGUUUUUCUUGCUGGA